AUGGUGAGGAACGGUAAUGCUACACGUCGUCGUACAGCUGCAGGAGAUACAGCCGCAGCUGGUGAAAACCCAACUGGUUCUUCGAGCGCACCCCUUCCGCCUGUCCCCUCCGUCCCAUCGGCCGGGGCGGGUGGUAUCCCUCCGGCCACAGACAACGCACGCCUCCCCCGCAACCGGGUGUUUUCGAAGCCAAUCAGUAUCCCUAAAUACACUGGGAAGAGCGGUGAGAAACCUUCUGGCCUUGUAGCAUUCUUUGAUACUCCUGGCAAAGGCUCGCAUACGUUUACACAGGUGGCAAUAGCUGGUCAGCACGACGUCGAGAAGGAGACCGGAGACUGUUCUCAACCUUCAAACAUUACGGUUCGUGAUGCUAUCGACACAUCUGGUAACGGCGGUCCGCCCUAUUGUUCUCGCACCGGCGUUGACGAGGGCAGCUACGCCCGUGGAGUCCUACGUCCCUACUUUGUCUUUGGGGAGGAGGAGUAUUGGGUACAGCCGUGCUAG